AUGAGGCUUACCAGUGUUGGCUUACGGUUAAGGAGGGCACCCAGCCUGAUCGACGGUUCUGGGAGUUGUUCAAAACUGCCUUUCAGGGGAACUGAGGGGAUUAGAGUUGACCAUCGAAAGAUUGAGGCUGUCUUGGAUUGGAAGCAUCCUAAAACUGUAUUUGAGAUUCACAAUUUUCUGGGACUGGUAGGGUAUUACCGACGAUUUGUAGAGGGGUUUUCCCUGAUUGCAGCACCCUUGACUAAGCUGCUACGUAAGGGUGCGCCUUUCAACUGGACUGAUGCGCAGCAAGAGAGCUUUGAGAAGCUCAAGACAGUAUUGACUGAGGCCCCUGUUUUGAUAUAG